CUCCUGGAAAUGCUGGGCGAUGGCACCUGUCCGUACUUUGAAAUAAAGUCGAAGCAGGAUUACAAGGAUCAACAUCUGGGUCCAUCCUUCGCCAGGCUGAGGUCCCAGUCUGAAAUGGUUACCAGGAGCUGCUGAGUCAUCCCCAGGGUGAACCAUGACAACACAGCCAGCUUCAGCUUCCAUCCUGAGGGAGUUCUGUCCGCUGUACUACCUGCUGAAUGCCAUCCCUGCCAAGGUGCAGCGGGGCUUCAGGUCUGUGCUGGUCUACCUGACAGCUCUGGACAGCAGCUCAGACUUCCUGGCGGUGGGCAGCAGCAUCGGCAUGCUGUACCUGUACUGCCGUCGCGUUGCACAUAUGAACAAGUACAGCAUGGAGGGAAAAUGUGACGCGAUCACUGCAGUGAAACUGCUCAGCUGUUUUGAUGACCUGGUGGCUGCUGGAACAGCUUCCGGUCGGGUCGUGGUCUUCCAGCUGGUGUCCCCGCUCCCUGGGCGCAACAAACAGCUCAGGCGUUUCGAUGUCGUCAGCCUCCAUAAAGGCUCCGUCACCUCCUUGACCUGGAGCGCCAACGGGAUGAAGCUGUUCUCCGGAGACGAUAAAGGUCGGGUCGUGUUCUCUGCUCUGGACCUGGACCAGGGGGUGUGUAAGCCGGUGCUGCUGCUAGAGGAGCCGUCAGGUGUGGUUCAGAUGGAAUACAGACACCAGGUGCUGCUGGUCUCGACGCAGCAGAGGUCCGUGCUUUACUGUACGCAGAAGCAGGAAGUGUUGCAGCUGGGCACCAAACCACGAAAGAGAACCGGCAGGUUUGGCGCUUGCUUUCUUCCGGCUCUUUGUAAGCAGAGCGACCUGCAGGUGUACGCUGCCCGACCCGGACUCAGGCUGUGGAGGUCUAACGUUAGAGGAGAGGUGGAGGAGACUCGACUACUCAAGUCCUUUUUUGACAAACAGAUCCCUCAGUUUGAGCUGUUUCCACGCCCCGGUCCAGUUGGAGCGUACCGUCCAGCAGACCGGCAGCUCGGCCUGCUCAGCUGUUUCUUCAGAGAGGGCUGGAUUCUCAGCUGGAAUGAAUACAGCAUCUACGUGUUUGACUGUCUCAACGAGGUUAUAAUCGGUUGUCUGGAAAGCAGCGGAGACAUUGUGUCUGUGUCAUCUUGUGAAAAUGAAAUCUUCGUCCUGAAAGGAGACAGAGAGAUUGUCCGCCUGUCCAGCAAUCCAGAGGGAAUCUCCUCAAACCUGCUGUCAGGUCACCUGCCUUCACCACUGACCACACCCACGAUUCUCCAGCCAACCGGGUCAGUGGAAAUAGUCCAGCCAAUCAGAACAAUGGCCAUCAUAACAGAAGAUGGAAGCAAAGAGGAGGCAGGGGGGAGCGAGAGGCUCUCUGAGGACGGAACAGAUGAAGGGGAGGAAGAGGAAGGAGUGGAAGAAGUUGAAGAGGCGGUAGAGCAGGACAGCCCACUUCAGGUGAUGGAGUCCAGCCAGCCGUCCACUUUAUUCAGCAGCUCUCGCUUCCGCAGCAGCUCUGUCACCACGUGGGACAGCCUGAGCCCAGCCACUCCGGUAAGCACUCCGCUUGGACUGAGCUCCAGGCGCUACAGUGCCCCUAUUGACCAGGAGAGGAUGCAGCAGGAGCUGGUGGUCAAACCCAUCAGAGUGAAGAAGAAGAAGAAAAGACAUCAAGACCUUUCCUUAGACCGUUGCUCUGGAAACCGUCUUGUAGAGAGCAGCUGCUCAGAUUCAGUGUUUAUAGUCCAGGACAGCAACUGUAGUGACGGAGAAAGUGGAACUCCGUCCAGUGACCACGCCUCCCUCCUUGGUCUUGAUGCUGAGAGCCAGGACACUCUACAGCAGAACCACGACCAGAAGCCUCAGGAGACACAACACACAGGUUCAGAUAACGGUUUGGAAGUCAGGGAGGAAGUGGAGUCUUCCCUCAACCAGUCUGGUUCCAUUCCCAGUGCAGGGUCUCUGCUCCUGUCGGGACUGAAGAGCAAUCAGAACCCAGAAAAGGCUCAGAACGACGGUUCAGAGGCAAACGGUAUCCCCCCCACCCCAGAUGUUGACCAGCUGCUGGAAUCCACCUUCUCUUACAUGAAGGCUGAGGAUGAUGGAGGGCUGGAGCCAGCAUCCAGAGAUGAGACGGAGGACCACCCACUCCUCUCUCCUCAGCUGGCAAAUCAGGUGUUUCCCUGUGAUGAGAGCAGUCAGGACAGGAAGCCCAGCAUGUCCAGUGAUGAGGAGGGAGACAUCUACUGUCACUCUGCUCCUGCUGCUGCUGCUGCUGCUGCUGGAGGAGGAAACGGCCACAGUGCUCCAUCUGCAGAGACGGAGAGGACAGCAGAGAGAGACGCAGAGCAGGACAAGGCCAGGCCUUACUUAUUGGCAGAAAGCUGGAUGGGCUACUCUGGACCAGGAUGUGGGAUCCUGAGCCUGCAGGUGACUGACAGGCAUGUGUGGUGUUUGGAUUUCAAAGGAGGGCUGUUCUGCAGCACGCUUCCUGAAACUGGACUCAGAUGGCAGCGCUUCGAAGACAAUGUCCACCAGGUGGCGCUGUCCCCUUCAGGCAACCUGCUGUGGAAGGUGGAGCAGAAAACCAUGACGGCAUUUGCUUGUGCCAAAGUGUCAGUUAAAGGAAAACGUCACUGGUACAAAGCUGCAGAGCAAGCGGCCUUUGUGGCGCUGAGUGACGACUCUGCUUGGAUCAUCAGGACCAACGGAGACCUCUACCUGCAGACAGGUCUGAGUGUGGAGCGUCCCUGCGCCCGCUCGGUCAAGGUGGAGUCUCCAUGUGUGUUCAGCCAGGUGUGUGUGAGAGGGGGCGUGGUCUGGGCUCUAAGUGAACACAAGGCUUUGUUCUACAGAGAAGGACUGAGCAGCUACUGCAGCGAAGGAGAUGGCUGGAAGUACGACACUGUCAGUGAGGCUCAGGGCCUGGAGCUCAUCUGCAUAGCUCUAGGAGGAGGCGGAACCGCCUGGGCGCUUGAUGCCAGCGGCAGCCUCUGGUUCCGAACCGGCGUCUGCCCGUCCAGACCCCAGGGCAACGAUGACCACUGGUGGCAGAUCAGUAUUUCAGACUACGUGGUCUUCGAUCAAGGCAGUUUUUUCCAGACCCUGCUGCAAGCUACGCAGAGCGUUGCCACAGUUACCAGGGGUCCGGUGGAACGAGUGGUGGCCUUCCUGUCGCAGUACUCCCAGUGUCAGCCCAGCCUGGUCAGCGCUAACGCCACUGGAGUGUGGGUGGCGUCAGGACGGAACCAGCUGCACCUGGCACGUGGAAAUCUCGUGGGAACAUUUUGGCAGAACGUGGUCCCAAGAGGAACUGUGUCAGCCACCAGGUGGACCUUCAUCACUUCUUCAUCUGUGCCUCAUAAAGAAGGAACGUUCCUGUGGUUGGCUCAGAGCAGGAAGGAUCUGUUCUGUGUGUGGGACCGGGAUGGAGAGCUUCGUCCUUCCUCCGUCCAGCUCCCACCAGAGGUGGAGCUGACCCACUUAUCCGCCUGUCGUGAUGCUUUGUGGGGUUUGGACAUUCACGGCCAAGUGAGCAUUCGAACCCUGUCCCCUUCCUGUCCCAUCGGUUUGCAUUGGACCCUCCUGGACCUCAGCCAGCUUGGAAGUGUUCGUCUGGUCAGYGUAAGCUGUGGCAGCCAGAAUGUUUGGUCAGUGGACAGUCGAGGACUCGUCUACUUCAGAGUUGGAACUCAGCCUUUGAAUGCGAGCAUGAUGAUGCCGGCUUGGAUCUACAUCGAACCGCCUUCACAGCCAAUAGGAGUCCAGCUGGUCAGCAUCCAGACGAGUCCUAACGAUCAUCUCCUCUGGGCUCUGGACAACAGGGGAAGUGUGUUUGUCAGAACUGGACUAAGUGAUGAGAUGCCUGUUGGGACAGACUGGGAGCUGGUACCAGGACUGGCUGUCAGUCAGAUGGUUGUCAGCUGUCAGACUGUUUGGGUUCGGUGUGUAAACGGAGAACUGGCUCGGCGUUAUGGCAUUUCUGAUCGGAACCCUGCUGGAGAUUACUGGAAGAAGAUUCCUGGAAACACUAACUGGUUUACUGUGACUCCAGAGGAAGAGCUGUGGGCGGUGACUCCCAUUGGAGGACUGUGCCGACGGCUGACAAAGCUCCUCCCACACAUGCCCAGUGCCGCCCCGCCUGCAGGCGCCGUGCUCGGAGGAGAGGAUGUUGAGGAUGAAUGGGAGCUGAUCUGACCGGCGACACCGUCUCUGCUGCUGGUCAUCUGAAUCGGGAUCGGCUUGGAAGAACGUUGUGAUGUCAUCGACGUUGCUCUUCCCAUCGUGUGACUUCACAGCUGGACCAAAUCUGAGCAGGCCGAUGACAUCACAUCCUGCAGCGUCUGCUGCACGGGUCACUCUGGGAASACCAGGUGUGAAAUGAAAUGAAGGGAAUUUAUCUUAUUUUUGUAACAGGAAGCACUUUAACCUUAUUUAACUYUGCUAAUAUUUAUUCCAGACCAGUUCAGCUCUUCAAGCUGGUUUGAAAUUAGCUUUACAAUUCAUCUUAAGUAAAUGUUUUGGACUAAAAGGAGACAUUAGACAGCUGAGUUUGGCUUAGUCCAUUUGAAACUGUUUCUCUCCUUUCCUUGGCUGGACGCACUCACAUGGUGCUGCAUUCAUGACCCAUUCACUUGACGGAAGGAAAACUUUUCUUUUUUUCCUUUUUUUAUUUAAACACAGAAUAUGCCAUAUUCCUCGUCUGAUGGCUUCCCAUAAAUCAAAACAAAGUUCUGAGUUGCCUUUCUGUUUGUGAGGAUUUGGGCGUCCAGCCUGUCAGUCACAGACUUUUACCUUUAGGGCUGUCGGUCUUCAUAUGUUGCAACACUACUGAAGGGGUUGAGGACUUCCUGUCAGUUUAACAGACUGAGACUGUUUGAGUUCAGAACUGGAAUCCAGACCCUUCGGACACUGUACAUAGCAGCUUGACGGGGUUUCCUCUGUAACUCAUGACCAACCCAGGACAUUUAAGGAGCAUUUGAGUAAAAUGUCAUUCAGUUUGUCCCCUGCUCACUCGUACGGGUCCUUACUGAUUCCCUGUCAUCACUUUUCUGCUGUGAAUUAGUUCAUUUUAUUUUGUGAGUAUUUUUGGUUUCUUUUUAUCGGUUAUCUUUAUGCAUUUGUGGAAUUUUAAGGGAGCACAUCAGUAUCUCCCAAAAGUUUUUUUUCUUCUUCUCUGAGUUUAAUUCUCUAACUACUCUAACCAACCGCACAACCCUGACUACUUCAAAAAGUUUACUUUGUGCUUUCACGCUAAAUAAUAAAUGAGAAUGACCCGGUAACACUGAGAAGAGCAAAAUAUUCAAGCAUAAARUGGAUUCACUGUCACUGCUGUCCUAUGGACAGUUUUAUCCCAGUAGCUGCAAUCAGUUUUAGUUGAUAACUGAAGAUUCGAGACCCAAAGAAACUGAGCUAGAGGAAUUGUUGAAACAAAGAUUUGUUGACUGUGUGUGGAAAUGAAAACUUGUAUGAUCCCUGGUAAAACCCCAUGUCCCCUGAUUAUCCCUGUUUCACUGAUCAGUCUGCUCUGGGUUUAAAUCUAAAGGAAUAAAGUUCUGCUCACUUUAAUCUUUAUUACA